AUGCCUCGUGGUCAGUGGAGACGAGACAAACAGCUCCAGAGAGGCAGUCCUGCUCAAAGCAGAAAACGGAUCCGCAGGGAUGCACAGGUCCGCAAGAUUGAGGAGAAGGAAGCAGCAGCCAGUGCCUCAUCUGCAUUUUGUUUCACCUACGCCUCCAUGGGAGCCACAGAGGAGGAGUCUGGGUCUGAGACACCUGGUUGUCCCCAGAAUCCUCAGGGCAUGUUUCCUGCCCCCACUGUGAUGUCUUUCGAUCCAAGGAGCCCGUGCAAAGAGGGCUCUGGCACACAAGGAGAGGAGGGUCCGAGUCCCUCGCAGGGCAGGGGGGCUCCCCAGAUCACGAGGGAAGAGUUCAUCAAUCACAACUUAGGUAAAUUCUUGCCAUUUCUGCUCCUUAAGUUUCAAAAUAAGGAGCUAAUCACCUUGAAAGAGAUGGUCCACGCUGUGGACCCAGCUCACCGGGAGCACUGCCCUCUGGUCUUUAGGGGUGUCUGUGAGUGCAUGUGCAUGAGCUUUGGCGUUGAGAUGAGGCCAGCAGAAAAUUUUAGUCACAGUUAUGAGCUCGUCCCUGUCUUGGGCCUCACUUACACCGGGCUACUAGAUAAUGUAGUCCAGGCCAUUCCCAAAGCGGGCCUCUUGAUAUUCAUCCUGAGUGCAAUCAUAGUCAAGGGUGAACGGCUCAGGGAGGAGGACCUGAAGGAACUUCUGAGAAGUAGGCAGGUACUAGGGGAGAGGGAGCACGCAGUAAUUGGGGACCCCUGGAAAUUCAUCACAGAGGAUUUGGUACAGGCUGAAUACCUGGUGUACCAGCAGGUUCCUAACAGUGAUCCUGCUUGCUAUGAGUUCCUGUGGGGUCCGAGGGCCCAUGCUGAAACCACCCAGAAAAAAGUCCUGAGGCAUACAUUCAGUAUGGUUAGGACAGACCCCAGGGCUUUCCCACGUCUGCAAGAGCAGCCCUGA